UAUAUGUAAAUUGAAAUAUAUUUCACCAACUACGUACUCUUAUAGCUCAGACUCAGACUCAUAAUAAUUUUUUCUACCCUCUUCUUCUCCUUUAUUUAUUUAUUUAAAAGAAAUAGUUUGAAAGCACAUUUUCAUUGAAUUUCAUGUCUCCAUUUUAAGACCUUCCUCAUUACUGCAUCACCUGGGUUUUCUCUCUUCCGUCUCUCUUUUCCAUGUUCUUGCAUCUUUCUUGACUCUUAAUGCUUGGUCCCCUCUUUUUCAAACUCUUUUUCUCUUUCUUUCUUGCAUUUAUUUGGUCUUUACCCAGUUAACUUUGUAUGUCGUCGUCGUCGUCCUUGUUGUUAUUAUACAUUAAUAUUCCGAGAUCUAAUUGGUUCUUUUACUGUCUGCAAAAUAUUUCUGUCUUAAAACCUUUGGUUCCAUGGAUCUUGUAAGCAAAAACUAUGGCUCACAAUCUCUUCCUCCAAUCACAAACCCUUCCUCUGCUAACUCAUUCUUUAACAACCCUCAUUCGCAUUCUUCAGAUACAAGUUUCCCCAUUAUAGCCAUUGCCAUAAUAGGAAUUCUAGCCACAGCUUUCUUGCUAGUUAGUUAUUACAUCUUUGUCAUCAAAUGCUGCCUCAACUGGCACAGAAUCGAUAUUCUACGGCGAUUUUCUUUAUCAAGAAACAGAAAUCAAGAAGACCCCUUAAUGGGUUACUCUCCAGCAAUGGAGAAUCGUGGAUUAGAUGAGUCAGUUAUAAGGUCAAUCCCAAUAUUCAAGUUCAAGAAAGAAGGCAACAGCAGUGGAGAUAUUGGAGGAAGAACCUUGAGUGAAUGUGCAGUUUGCUUGAAUGAGUUUCAAGAAAACGAGAAGUUAAGGAUUAUACCAAAUUGUAGCCAUGUUUUUCAUAUAGAUUGCAUUGAUGUUUGGCUUCAAAACAAUGCUAACUGUCCACUUUGUAGAAACAGUAUUUCAAGCACAACAAGAUCAAUCCCAUUUGAUCGCAUUAUAGCUCCAAGUUCUUCUCCACAAGAUCCAAAUCCUUACAGCGAAAGUCUCAUUGGUGGAGAUGAAGAUUAUGUUGUUAUUGAAUUGGGAAAUAUUAAUAACAAUAUUAUAAAUAACAGCCAUAAUCCGGCGGAUCAAACAUUACUUGCCGCACAGGAAAGGUUGAUGAAUUCAGGUGAAUUAUCGAUAGCACGUCCCAUCAGUCCUUCGUCGAGGAGACAAAAGUUAGAGCAGAGAGGUUCAUCAGGUGCAGUUCAAAAGAAAUCAAGAAAGUUCAGUAAGUUAACUAGUAUGGGUGAUGAAUGUAUUGAUAUUAGAGGCAAAGAUGAUCAAUUUGCAAUUCAACCGAUUAGAAGAUCUUUUUCAAUGGAUUCAUCAGCAGAUCGACAGCUUUAUUUGUCAAUUCAAGAAAUUGUUUUACAGAGCAGGCAGCAACCAAUUGAUCAUCAGGUUAGUCCAAUUGAAGGCUGUAGUAAUGGCAGACCAAGGAGGACUUUCUUUUCUUUUGGUCAUGGUAGAGGAUCAAGAAAUUCUGUCUUACCUGUCUUUUUAGAGCCAUAAAGCUCAAGGAAAGGUUUAGAUUAUUUCUUUCUUUUUUCUUUUCUUUUUUUCUGUUUUCAUUUUAAAGAAAUAGUGAGUAUAGAUGUGUUUAAAGGCAUAGGAUUUGUGACAUAUAAAUAUUCAAUUGAAAUCUCAUAUUCUAAUUUGAAUUGAUUAUUGGGGUUGUGAUUAAAAGACUGGACCACUGUGUUCUAAAUGACUCAACAGCUAUGAAUUAUGAUUGUGAUGGCUGAAGCU